CUUUUAUACGCUCCUAUGGCCGCCGUAGGCCUUGUAUCCUAUGGCGGCGCACACCAGACAUACACCAUGACGGAAGAUUCCCAGUUCACCACCCAGGACGACCAAGAACAGUACAUCAACACUUUCUUCUGCCGCGCCGUCUACGACUACCAGACGAACGACUCCUCCUCCCUCUCCUUCCAUCGCGACGAUAUCAUAGAGGUCCUCACGAAGCUCGACUCGGGAUGGUGGGACGGGUUGCUCGGCGAGGAGCGCGGCUGGUUCCCCUCCAACUACGUUGACGUUCUGUCGGACGAAGAGGCAGAGAUUGCGCUCGCCCAGAUCGAGGAGUUGCACCAGCAGAACCACCAGCAGCAGCAGGUGCAGAUGCAGCCACAGCAGCAGGCCCAGCAGCAGGCUCUUCAACAGCAACAGCAACACGCCCAACAGUUACACCCGCAACAGCAGCAGGCACACCAAGCGGUCGCGGAUGCAGCAUUGGGCGGGGUUAACGGUGCGGAGUACAUUCCCUCGGGUCAGCAUUGGAUGGUGGACGACCCCAGUCUCAACAACGUCUCCCUCAACGAUGUCAUCACCAACGUACCAACGAGCGCCGCCACUGGGCAGACCCAGUCGAGUGACUUUUGGUUGCCUGAGGUCACUCCGGAUGGUCAGAUAUUCUACGUCAACACCAUAACAGGAGAGCGGUCCCGCGACCUGCCCAUGGAAGCCGACGACUCCCCGAACGGCGAUCUCGCCGGCCUUACUGCCUCGCAACCUGGCAGCUCGAGGGCCGGAUCAGGUGCAAACCUCGGCUUCGGCGCAGGUUCCGCUCCUGCGACUGAGAGCGCGCACGCCGGCUUCGGUGUCCCCAGACGCUCGGGCACCCCAGAGCCUUGGAUCCGGCGGCUGGCGGACGAUGGCAUGUCGUACUACUAUCAGAACCAGCUCACAGGCGAGCAAGCCUGGGUCCUGCCCGAGUCAGCCACCCCCACCCGGGCAGGGCAGGAAGUGCACGGUCGCGCGCGAGCUAUGACUAACACGUCGGUCGCCUCCUCGGCGGUGUACGCCAGCACGAGUGCCAGUGCAUCGCAGAGCCGGCUACGCGCAGAUUCCCUCGCAUCUCAGUCUCAAUCUCAGGGCAGCAGCGCUGGCAUGCGCGAUCGAAGUCGAAGCGUCUCAGAAAGGGUCAGCGACUCCGAGGACUCGAACAUGUAUUCUCCUGCUCAGGGCCACUCGCCCCAGCCACUCUCGGCUGUAACAGCAGAUGCACGCGUCCAGGCCGAGGAUCUCGGAGUCGAGCUCACCGUCGCAGAGAAGAUAGCCCAGUCCCUCCAGCAGUCUCUCCAGCCCCCUCCACCCGAACUUAUCUCUGAGCUCUCGCACCGCGCACAGAACUCUAUCAAUGAAGUCAUUUCCACAAACCAGCAGCUCUCUACCUUGCCGCGCAGGUCCGAGGCGCGCCAUAUUCUUGAUGCACUCGUCGAGGCCGUGGUCGUUGCUGUCAUGAACCUCCUUUACAUCUCCGCACCCCCUUCUGGUCAUAUCCCCUCUAACGUCUUGCCCCGCGAGGCGCGCCAUCGCCGCGAUACCACCGCCCAGCAGACCCUUCUCAAGCCAGCACAGCGCAAGGUGACGGCCACGCUAUCCAAGCUCGUGCUUUCCGCCCGGGCCAUGGAGUACGACUCGGGGCCAGCUUCUCACGAGACACCUAGUCGCAUCGAGAGUGAUGCGGAAGAGCUUCACCGAUCGAUCAUCGCAUUUGUGGUUGAGGUGCAGCGGCAGAACCAACAACCCACCGGUGUGAGUGUGAAGCGGAUACAGGGCAAUUUCCUUCCGGUGCACAUGGGGCUGGGGUUGUACGGUGGAGGUGCUGCAGGCUCGUGGAAGGGCUUCGGGUGGGUGCCACUGGACGAAGCAGACGAUCUACCCGAGCGCGUCCUUGAUAAAGAGGCACUGAUAGACUUGCGCACCAAGACGGUCAUGUUUGACAGAAAGUCAGAAGUUUUGCGAAACAGGCUAAGGGGCAACCCAGCAGAAGUGCUUCUGCACGCCGCCAGCCAAGAAGUUCUGGCUGUCCUUUCAGACGUGCUCCAUCUCGUGGCAGAUCUGCACAUCGCUCGGCACGUAGACAUCGACGGCAUCUAUGCGCAGUCAACGCAGGAAGCUACGGCCCGCUACACUCAGUCGGUCGACUCUGCCAGAGUACUCGUGCGGACACUCGAAUCGAUAGCACAGAACUUGUAUGACGACUGCUCCGCGCUUUUCUCGGCAACCCAACACAUUCGGCGUCCGGUCCCAGGUGAUUUUAGGGAAAUAGAAGAACGGCGGGAGUACUUUGGCGCCGUGCUUACCUCUCUCCGUGGCAACCUCGGCUCCCUGUACGACACCCUCGAUGCCCUCUGGGGCGUCGGGAACGAACAGGCCGACAUGUCUGAUGUCAACCACACGGGCGCGAUCGAAUGGCGCAUGUCCCGGCUCAGCAUCUUUGACAGCAACUUCGACGUGCGCCGGAUGUCAACUACGGUGCCGCACGAUCCCGAGACAGAAGACCUCGUCGACAUGGAACUGGCCUUCGGGAGAAGCAACCGGCGGCCUCUGAAUGCGAUUACGAAUGCGACCGCCGACCGUAUGUCGACGUACCGUAGUCCGUCCCAGCUGUCCGACAACACCAUUACGUUCCCCCACGAGAAGACGGGCAGCAUGUCCAAGGCGCCCGGCUGGGCCGACGAGAGCACAUCGCACACACUCGUGCACGGCGAAGACCAGGCGACGCUCAACGGCGGUGGUGGCGAUGCAGACUCAGUGUUCAGCGAUGAGGGUACCAGUUCACGCCCACAGCGGACAGGGAAGAGUGACAAGCUUGCCAAGAUCUUUGGUGAUGCACCGCCUGAGCAUAUCGUGCCGACCAAGCCAUGGUACCUGCGGCCAGACUAUGGCAAGGACCAGAUUGUCAUUGACCCUGAUGGGAGUGUUAAGGCUGGCACUGUCUCUGCUUUGGUGGAGCGUUUGACGACCCACGAGACUCGGGAUACAACCUUCAUGAAGACGUUCUUGAUGACGUUCAGAUCGUUCACCACUCUUGACGAAGUGUUUGACUUUCUUGUCCAGCGAUUCUACAUCAAGCCUCCUUCAAACUUGAAGCAGGAGGAGCUUGAGGAAUGGCAGAAGCAGAAGCAGCAGAUCAUCCAGAUGCGUGUCUUGAAUACUAUCAAGUCCAUGGUGCAGGACGACGUACUGGAGAAGGACGAGAUGUAUAUCCUUGACCGCAUCCGAGAGUUCCUGUCUGAUGAGGAAGCGCAAAAAAUCACUGCGAGCAAGACACUGCUUCUUGCCAUCGACCGUGCUGUUGGUGGAGAGAAGAAAAUGACAAUCAACACUGCCCUAUCGCCACCGGCACCGAUUGUCCCGAAGUCAAAGAAGCUUAAGCUGCUCGACAUUGACGCGCUCGAGCUCGCGCGACAGCUGACGGUCCUUGAGAGCCACCUAUACCUCAAGAUCAAGCCGAUGGAAUGUUUGGUCCGGUCUCGUGAGCAGAAGACGGAUCAUAACGACAACAUCGCAAAGGUUAUCCAGACUAGCAACCGAAUUGCAAACUGGGUUGCUGACGCUGUGCUCUAUCACGAAGACUCGCGAAAGCGCGCAGCCGUACUCAAGCAUUUCAUUAGUGUCGCUGACCGUUGUCGAACCAUGCACAACUAUUCGUCCAUGGUUGCGAUCAUUUCAGGCCUCAACUCGCCACCUAUACGACGUCUCAAGCGAUCUUGGGAGCAAGUCAAUGCUCGGCACAUGUCGCAGCUCUCGACUUGCGAGUCAACCAUCGACUCGGGCAAGAACUUCAACAAUUACCGUAUGACCCUUGCGAAAGUCGCGCCACCUUGCGUUCCGUUCAUUGGUGUGUUCCUUACCACGCUGACGUUCAUUCAAGAUGGCAGCAAGGACAUCCUUCCUGGCGACCUCGUCAACUUCCGCAAACGCCAGAAGGCGUCUGAAGUCAUCCAGGACAUCCAGCGCUGGCAGUCCAUCGCGCACAACUUCCAGGCUCUCUCUGUUGUGCAGAACUACGUCGAGGAAGCACUGUUCAAGUUCCCUGAUGGUUCUGACCUCGGCGACCACUUUUGGAAUCUCAGUCUCGAGCGCGAACCUAGGGAACGCGAGGACGAGAAGAUGGCGCGGCUGUUGCAGGAGAGCGGAUUUUUAUAGUAAACGGAUUUUUUUUGGGACACUAUUGCAUCAUCGCAUGGUUUUUGACUGUACCUCAUCUGCUUUUUAUCUGGCCUCUUUUUUUAUCGUCUGUACAUAUUAUACGAACCCUG